CACCAUUCAAUCCGUGAAUCUUGUAUUUAAACUAAAGGAGGAGAAGUUUUGUUCAUAAUUUAGAAAAUUCAUAACUCAUUGCCUGUCAGGUGUCGGAGUGUUUGCCUUAACUUUUACUUUCAAAUUAGUUUUGUUAAAGUUAUUCACUAAAUAUGAAAAUCAUAUUAAGUGUUUUGGCGUUAUUAUUAUGUGUGUCGGACUUCAUGAGGGUAUCGGCGGUCUGUCCGAACAUACAGACAGUGCAAAACUUUGAACCCGAAAGGUUUAUGGGCAAAUGGUAUGAAAUCCAGAAAUACCCGAAUGUAUGGGAAGCCGGACAGAAGUGUAUCACAACUAACUAUGAGCUCAACCCUAACGGCACCGUAAAUGUGCUCAAUUCAGGCGUUUAUAAAUUAAUCAAUUACCCGAUUAACAUCAGAGGCCUGGCCACACCAAAUGCUACCGAUCCGGCUAAGUUUAACAUAGAGUUCAGACGAUUCGCCGGAUUCACCGGUAGAUCAAAGCUGUGGGUAUUGGAGACUGAUUAUCAAAACUAUGCGCUCACCUACUCGUGCUCUUCCCUGCCUGUCGUUCCCAUUAAUAUCGAAAACGCAUGGAUUAUGAGUCGGACCCCAAUCCUGGACCCACAGAUCGUGGACCUGUUGGUGAACAGACUGUCAGCCAUGAAUAGUCCGACCUUUUUAUUCUUCAGGACCGACCAAAACAACUGUCCCAACACUGAUAGCACUGAUGAUAGGAGUAAUACUAACCUAUAAGUGACUCGCAAUUCAUCAGAAUAUUUGACAAGAGUUGUAUUAUUAUUGUGCUUAACAUUUAAACUAUUUUUUUG